ACGUUGGUUCGUUCUUUCAUCAUCGUCCUUCUCCUGAGCCCCGAUCUCUCCUCCUCAAACUCCAUCGUCGCCUCUGUCGAUUAGUUUCUCCGAAGAGAAGAUGCCGAAGAUUAAGACUAACCGAGUCAAGUACCCAGAAGGGUGGGAGUUGAUCGAGCCUACUCUUCGUGAGCUUGACGCCAAGAUGAGAGAAGCUGAGAUGGAUGAACAUGAUGGCAAGAGAAAGUGUGAAGCUUUAUGGCCAAUCUUCAAACUCUCUCAUCAGAGGAGUCGCUAUGUUUAUGAUCUUUAUUACAGGAGGAAGGAGAUAUCUAAAGAGCUCUAUGAGUUCUGCUUGGACCAGGGCUAUGCUGAUCGUAACCUCAUUGCCAAAUGGAAGAAGUCAGGGUAUGAGCGUCUAUGCUGCUUGCGCUGCAUACAGCCAAGAGACCACAACUAUGGAACAACAUGUGUAUGUCGUGUUCCCAAACACUUGCGUGAAGAGAAAGCCAUUGAAUGUGUUCACUGCGGUUGUCAAGGAUGUGCCAGUGGCGAUUAAUCUCACCCGACAUCUUCACCAGUAUCACUCUCGAUGUAUUCUAUAUAUUUGUCAAAUCUGGAUUAUGUACCCCUGAUACCCUGACUUAUUUAUUUCCCUUUGCAGAGCUUCUAAUUGUCAACUCUUGUGUUGUUGAAAUUAGAAAGACAGGUUUGGUAUAUAAAUGAAUUAUGAGAAUGCUUCUCGGUUCGA